AUGUCUAAGUUGAACGUCACUAAUUUUAGUAAAAGGACAGGUAGCCCGUUCAAGAGCAAAGACAAAGAUGACAAGCUAGAUGGAAAGGUCCAUGAAGAAGUUUUACAAAAGACAAAUUACGAUAAGCAGAAAGAAAAGAACAAUGAGUUACUACAAAAAGCGCAUAAGAAGUCAGCAGAGUAUCAGUCAAACAAACCAAGUUCAGGGGUAUUUACAGAGGUCGUUUCACACGGUGCAUUUACAUCGAAGAAAUUCGAAAAGGAAAAGUCCCCGAAAAGUGAUAAUCCGUCGCCUAAAAGUAACAACGGGAAUAGUUCAAAGUCACUGCUUAAUUUACCAUCAUCAGCCAACGACUUGGCUUUAGAUGCUAAGUCGGACCUUGAAUCAGAUCCUAAUAUUUCCAAAGAAGUGAAAGAUAAGGUAAUUGAGAAGUUGUUUACUUUAGUAUCUAUGGUGCAGCAUAUUUACGAAUCGAAAGUGAGGAUAAUGACCGAAUUUGAGAAAUUUAAAGAUACACAUCUGAAAAAUGAAGUCAGGAAAGAAAAGGAGCAUUCAGAACAGCUGUACAAAUUGAAUAUGAAUUUCCAGAGUGAAGUGAUCCAUUCGAUCCAACAGUUGAGAAGUGAGCUAGAUGUGUCCCGUAAUAUACCGAAUAACUCUGAUGAAUCGGGAGCUGUAAUGAGUUUUAAGGACAUUUCUAACUAUGAUUCUGGACUGUCGCAGACCUAUGAUUUCCAUCAUGCUAGUUGUAGUGAUGCAGUUAAUGACGAGUUGAUUGAAUCAAAAGAUACA